UUGACGGCACUAUAUAAAAUGUGCCAACAUUGGUAUAGACUCAUUCCAUUUUUACCUAUUUUGGUUCACUUUAUUACAGUAAUAUUGACCCGCCCCCCAUUCCUGCCUAGAUAGAUGAAUCAUGUUUUUUUUUUUUUUUUUAGAUUACAGAAUCCGUCUUUUAACUUUCACCCCUGUUUUCCACUUGGUACAAUCUACUAGAUGAACACGGCCGAGUGUGUGUUGGGGAUCCCCGCCCUCUCAGUGCCAAGUCGAAUUGUGAGGGGCGCCUUAGAGCCGGUGAGCGUCACUCGGGAGACGUCUCACUUCGCUAGACGACACGUCUGCCUCUGGCCUCAGUUCCACUCGUGCAGAUUAGCGGCGCUGCCAGGGGCCGGAGUUCAUGGGUAGACACAACUAAUCCAAGCACAAGCAAAUGCUCGAUUUGGAGCAAACCUACUCAAUCGGCAAUCUAAUUUGCUGGUAGGAAUUAAAGUGAAAGCUCCAAAUGAGACUGAUCAUGGGCAGCAGACGGCGUGACAGCCAGCGGCUCUGCUCAAUUGAGCGCACCAGUAAGCAGCUGUCAAAGGGACUUGGGCCGAAGGAGCUGUCCAGUACUGAAAACGCAGGUAAAUCAAUGCAAUCGCUACCAGCAUGGAUGCGCCUCUACUUCUACGGAAUGCACGGGAUUACACUGGACAUUGUCAUUUCUUCCAUGCAGAGGUUUUUGAGCACCACCGACUUCAAAAUGCUGGGGUUUUCCUCGCCUUAUCUUUGUCUUGUCCACUGCGUGACUCACUUCGCGCUGGAGAAGAUCUAUUUACAGAAGAAAAUUUUCCACGGUCGUCCCGUAGUUUUUCAUUUUAUUUUUUACCCGUCGGUGUACGUCGGCAUGCAGAUCUUGGUGGGGAAAGCCACCGGCUUCACAAAUGACGUUAAGAGCGCGUCCGCGGCUCACCUCGCUGUCCAGUACCUCAUGGCGCUCUACUAUUCAGAAGUGUUUCUCAAGAGGUUCCUGCGACUGCAGUAUCACGGCGCGGCCAAGGAAAGUCCGGCCGCGCUGCUCCAAAGGGCUUCCCAAGGACUGCCGGACAUCGUGCGCUUCGCCUUCUUCGGCAUGCACGGCUUUAUGGACGAAGUCUUUUUCACUUCUUUUUUUAAUCUGGUGGAGAAAGCGGACAGAUCUCUGAUCGGCCACUCGUCCCUGUGGUCAUUUUUAAUGUACGGGAGCUGCAGUUUCGUGGUGGAAAAGCUCUACCUGUACCUUCAUUACAGGCGAGGUUGGGGAGCCUGGAAAAGGCUGCCUAUUUAUAUCAUUUUUGUUUACGCCUGGGAAUUUUCCUGGGGAUUAGGACUCCGGCAGUACAACGCUUGCUCCUGGGAUUACUCGCACUAUCCUUUGAAUUUUAAAGGGCUCAUCACACUAAUGUAUCUCCCCGGCUGGAUUUGUCUCAGUUUGUACCAGGAUAUGCUUUCUAAUGUCCUGCUUCGCGUCGAAUGGUCCAAAGGCAAAAGCUCGGUGGGCACCGCUAAUGGCCGGUGGUGAAGGGGGAGAAGACGAAGGCCUGAUGAAGACCGUGACAAACAUGGGGAACACUUGCCGCUGCUUUAAAAAGGGUGUUUACCGUAAGAGCCAAAUAGUCAUUGUUUGUAUUAGCAGCCAUCGUCUGUAUUUCCGUAUUAUCGCUUCCUUAACUCCGAUCCCAUUUUAAACCGAGCACAUGAUCCGGCCAGCAGCAGAAAUCGCCUUUCCUAACAGAUUUAAUGACCACUCUCCUCCUUUUAUGUACACAAUUAAUGUGUGUGCUUUUUUCUUGUGAUCUGGAACAUUAAUAUUUUUUUAACGGAAGAAACCAUUUUCUAAUGUUAUUUUUUGCAAGCAGUCUGGGCAAAUUACAUUCUUACUCGGAGUUAGAAACAAGUGUUAGAACUUGAAGUUACCUAUGAAUAUACAAUUGAUGGCAAACUAUUACAAUAAUAGACAAUUUUACCUAUGAAAUGUGAAAAUUAGUUCUUAUUUGAUGCCAAAGUAUAUGUAUUAACAAUGCAUCCCAACAAACCACAUUCAAAACUGAACUAAUUGCAUUUAAUCUGGGGGCAUCAUGGUGGCACAGUGAUUAGUGAUGCUGCAUCAUAAAUCCAUACUCCUGGGUUUAGAACCCUGUGUGGAGCUGGCAUGUUCUCCCCAUGUUUGUGUAGGUUUAUGUGCAGGUUUUUCAUCCACAGCCGCCCACCAAAAAAAAAAAAAAAUUUAAGUUAACUGGAAAAAAUAAACUGGACCAGUGUUAGUGAGUGUCGGUGAGCUUGAGGGUAAAUGCCUUUGUAUGCCCAAGGCUGUUAGGACAGCAGUAGCUCUAAAAAUUAGUAUGUAUAGUUCACUUGUACAACAUAUAUAAUUUUAAACCACCCCCUUUGGGACUGAUUCAGUGCUUCCAGAAAGAAAA